UCUUUGCUUUCUUCCACACCAUUACCGUUAUUGUCACUUUCAAUCUCUUCUUGCAUCAUUUUCAUCUCUCGCAUAUCUGAGCUCGAUUUCCUCGUCAUUCAGCCAUGACUAAAAAGGUGACAACAAUGAAGCUCCAUGUUAAUCUCCAGUGUGUGAAAUGCUACAAGAAGGUCAAGAAUGUUCUCUGUAAAUUCCCACAAAUUCAAGACCAGAAAUUCGAUGAGAAGGAGAACAUUGUGACGAUUAAAGUGGUGUGCUGUAGCCCAGAGAAGAUUAUGGAUCAGCUUUGCCGUAAAGGUUGUGGCGCCAUUAAGUGCAUCGAAAAAGUCCCAUGUAAGCCACCAACUCUGCCGCCGACGCCUCCUCCUCCUCCUCCGCCUCCGCUGCCUCCUCCGCCGCCGCCACCGUGUUGUGAUUCAUGCUGUGAAUGCUGGCAUGAUGGCCCUUGCUUUGAGCCUAAGCCACGAGUUCCAGAUAGAACGUGUUGUGUUCCGUGCCAUGACGGUCGGCCUUGUAGGCCAUGCUUUGAGCGUUGUUGUAGGCCUCCACCAUGUUAUGAAGGGUAUUUUUAUGCUAGACCUGUUUAUGAUAGCUAUGGUGGAGGACAACCUUGCUACGUGAGCCGUUGUGGUCAAUACGUCAGCGAAGAUAACGUCACAGGGUGCACAAUAAUGUGAGCUAAAGGCUCAUUAUUGAUGUCGCCUUGUAUGGAGAAUAAUGAAUAAU